CAUGAAUCAAUUUAAUCAAUUUGAAGAAGACCUAUCAGAAGAGUUCUUGGACGAAAAUGUAUCAGUAUCCAAUAUCAAUGUAUCUCGGACUCUUGAAGAGAAUAUGUCAAAGCCUUUGUUUAAUAGCAGAAUCAUUUUGGGCAAAGAGGCAAAAUCAAAGUCAUGUCCAUUUAACAAGCUCAAGUUAUGAAAGCCAUCAAGAGUGCCUAAGUUAUCGAAUGACAACUUUCUCGCAGUCCCUUCCAAAAUAAUUGCUUCACAUAAAAAUUCUAAAGCAUCUUCAUCCAGGUCUAACCUUCAAAGCGACAUCAAGGCUUUGCUAAACAAGGCCAUAAGAAUCAGAAGUUUAUCAAACGAUGCUGCACAUAAGAAGUACACCCACACUACCUCCAACCUUAACAAUAAGUUCUCUUGCCAAGAAGGUGAGCAUUGAAUAACAGUGCAUGACUGAGCGACCCCAAGCUCCUAAAAUUCCUAAUUCAUCCUAAUAAUUAACUGC